CUUAAACAUAGCAAAUUGCAUCUUGUUGACAGAGUGGUCCUCACAGCGGUGAUGUGGGGGACAGGACAACCACCUAGGGCUCAACAACCCACUUGGGAUCAGCGCGUUUCCUGAGCUUCAUCCCUGCUCUCCUGUCACAGCUGCUGGUGAGCCAGCACAGUGGGACCAUCCACACCCUUCUCUGUCAGGCCUGCAUCUUCAGCCCAGUGCAAGUAUCAUCAUGGGUGAGGAACCAGUGAAUUCCACCGAUAGUGACUAUUUAAUAAGUGAUUACUCUGAGCCAGGUAGUGCUAUGUCUUACCCAUCUGAGGAGGGUGUCUUACUGUGCUCUCUGCAAGAGGUCAGACAAUUCUCCAGGAUAUUUGUGCCAAUUGCAUACUCCUUGAUCUGUAUCUUUGGCCUUCUGGGUAAUAUUCUUGUAGUGACCACCUUUGCCUUUUAUAAAAAGGCCAAGUCUAUGACGGAUGUUUAUCUCUUGAACAUGGCCAUUGCAGAUAUACUUUUUGUCCUUACUCUGCCAUUCUGGGCAGUGACUCACGCCACUGGUAAGUGGACUUUCAGCAAUGCUGUGUGCAAACUGAUGAAAGGUAUCUACGCCAUCAACUUCAACUGUGGCAUGCUGCUCUUGGCCUGUAUCAGCAUGGACCGGUACAUUGCCAUUGUACAGGCAACCAAAUCUUUCUGGUUCCGGUCCAGAAUUCUGGCCCACAACAGAAUAAUCUGCCUUGCUGUGUGGGUGUUGUCACUGAUCAUCUCCGGCCCAACAUUUGCCUUCAACCAGAAAUAUAAUAUGCAAGGCAGAGAUGUCUGUGAGCCCAGGUACGACCCCAAAUUAGACCCUAUCAUGUGGAAGCUACUGGGGCUGGGACUGCAGCUGCUGUUUGGAUUCUUUAUCCCGCUGGUGUUUAUGGUAUUCUGCUACAUGUUCAUUGUCAAGACCUUAGUGCAGGCUCAGAAUUCUAAGAGGCACAGAGCCAUCCGUGUGGUGAUAGCAGUGGUCCUUGUUUUCUUGGCUUGCCAGAUUCCUCAUAACAUAGUUCUUCUCGUGACUGCUGCAAACCUGGGCAGAAUGAACCGAACCUGCAGCAAUGAAAAGCUCAUGGGAUACACCAAAAAUGUCACGGAAGUCCUGGCCUUCCUCCACUGCUGCCUCAACCCCGUGCUCUACGCAUUUAUUGGUCAGAGGUUUAGAAGCUACUUCCUGAAGAUCAUGAAGGACAUGUGGUGUGUGAGAAGAAAGCACAAGGCACUAGGCUUCCCCUGUGCCAGGGUGAACUCAGAAGCCUUCGUUUCCAGGCAGACUAGUGAGAUCAUGGACAAUGACAAUGCAUCAUCUUUCACUAUGUGAUAAGGACGUGCAAGUCAAAUGCCCUUAGAGCCUUUGUGAAACUUGCUAAUUAAAGAAUAAGACACAUAUACACAUACACCCCUCUCCAUGGCCAAAUAUGCACGGUAAAUGUGGAAAUUAGGCAAAAUUAAGAUGUGUCUCUCUUAUAGAUCAGGGACUUCCUGUGC